CAGCCAAUGGCCGCUGGGCCCCGCCCACGUCCUCGCCCACUGCGUCCGAAGCGGGUAGAGGGCCGGAGCCCCUGCUCUCCGCUGCCGUGGCGCUGUGUGUUGCAGCCGGUAUGGACUCGCAGGAGCUGAAGACACUGAUUAAUUACUACUGUCAAGAGCGAUAUUUCCACCAUGUGUUACUUGUUGCCAGUGAAGGGAUGAAGAAGUAUGGCAGUGAUCCAGUCUUCAGGUUUUAUUAUGCCUAUGGCACAUUGAUGGAAGGUAAAGCUCAAGAAGCUCUUCGGGAAUUUGAGGCUAUUAAAAAUAAACAAGAUGUGUCCCUUUGUUCUCUGAUUGCACUGAUGUACAUCCAUAAAAUGAGCCCUGAUCCAGAUAGAGAAGCUAUCCUGGAAUUAGACACCAAAAUGAAAGAGCAGCGUAAGGAAGCUGGAUGGAAAGCCUUGUACCAUGCAGGCCUGUUUUUGUGGCACAUUGGUCGUCAUGAUAAGGCAAGAGAAUAUAUUGACAGGAUGUCAAAAAUGCCACAUGAUAGUAAUGAGGGGCCAAUUUUGAAAGCAUGGCUUGAUAUCACGAGAGGGAAAGAACCUUAUGCUAAAAAAGCAUUAAGGUGUUUCGAGGAAGGACUGCAGGAUGGAAAUGACAUUUUUGCUCUGCUUGGUAAGGUACUGUGCCUUGAGAUGCGCCAGAAUUUUUCAGGUGCUCUGGAGACUGUGAGCCAGAUAAUUGUGAACUUUCCAAGCUUUCUUCCUGCGUUUGAGAAGAAAAUGAAUUUACAGCUGGCCUUGCAGGAUUGGGACCAGACAGUUGAGACAGCACAAAGGUUGCUGGUUCAAGACAGUAACAAUGUGGAAGCGCUGAGAAUGCUGGCCCUAUACUACCUGUGCAGGGAGGGGGACAUAGAGCAGGCUGCUGCCAAUCUGGAAAACCUAGGAAAUGCAUUGGAUGUCAUGGAACCACAGAAUGCUCAACUUUUUUAUAAGAUUACAAUGGCCUUCAGCAGAACCUGUGGACGUAAUCAACUCAUUCUUGAAAAGGUUCAAAAUUUCCUAGAAAAAGCUUUUAGUUUAACCCCCCAGCAACCAGAAAUUGCUACAGAGCUUGGAUAUCAAAUGAUUUUCCAGGGAAAAGUUAAAGAGGCAUGGAAGUGGUAUAAGACGGCCAUGACGCUGAAUGAGACCAGUAUCUCUGCAGUAACUGGACUUAUCCGGUGCCAGUUAAUAGAAGGGCAAUUGCAAGAUGCAGAUCAGCAUCUAGAAUUCUUUAGUGAAUUUCAACAGUCCAUGGGAAAAUCUGCGGAAUUAAUGUAUUUACGUGCAGUUCUUGCUGCAAAAAAAAAUAAUCGACAAGAAGAAAUUAUAAAUUUGUUAAAUGAUGUCGUGGAAACUCAUUUUUCACACUUAGAAGAUUUACCACUUGGGGUACAGUAUUUUGAGAAGCUCAAUCCUGAUUUCUUAUUAGAAGUUAUUACAGAAUAUCUGAAUUUCUGUCCAGUUCAGCCUGCAAGUCCUGGGCAGCCUCUUUCUGUAGUUCUUAGACACUGUACCUCUAUCCUGGAGACUAUAAUAAGAACUGUACCGGGUCUUCUGCAAGCUGUCUUUUUAAUGGCAAAAAUAAAGUAUUUGUCAGGUGACAAUGAAGCAGCAUACAGUAACCUGCAGCACUGCCUGGAGCACAGUCCCUCCUACUCUGAUGCUCACCUCCUCAUGGCUCAGGUCUAUCUGUCUCAAGAAAAAGUCAAAUUGUGUUCUCAGUCUCUUGAACUUUGUCUGAGCUAUAAUUUUAAUGUGAGACAGUAUCCUUUAUAUCAUUUGAUAAAAGCACAGUCACAAAAGAAAAUGGGAGAAAGAGCAGAAGCAAUUAAAACUCUACAUAUGGCAAUGAAUUUACCAGGCAUGAGAAGAAUCAAAGCCCCCUCAAAAUCAAAGCACAGAACGGAGGUUGAUAUAAGCCAUCGCUUAUCAGUCUUUCUUGAGUUGGUGGAGGUUCACCGCUUAAAUGGAGAACAGCAUGAGGCAGCAAAAGUUCUACAAGAUGCUAUCCAUGAGUUUUCUGGAACAUGUGAAGAGUUGCGUGUCACUAUUGCUAACGCAGACCUGGCUCUGGCUCAAGGAGAUACAGAGUGUGCUUUAAGUAUGCUUCGAAAUGUCACCCCCGAACAAGCUUAUUUUACAGAAGCCAAAGAAAAAAUGGCAGACAUUUAUCUGAAGCAUAGAAAAGAGAAAAUGUUAUAUAUCACGUGUUACAGAGAAAUUUCUGAAAGAAUGCCCAGCCCUCGAUCCUUCCUUCUCCUUGGUGAUGCAUACAUGAACAUUCAAGAGCCUGAAGAAGCCAUAGUGGCCUAUGAACAAGCGUUAAAUCAGAACCCAAAAGAUGGAACACUGGCAAGUAAAAUUGGGAAAGCACUUGUCAAAACUCACAAUUACUCAAAGGCAAUCACUUAUUAUGAAGCUGCUAUGAAAAGUAGACAACAGAAUUGCCUUUGCUAUGACCUGGCUGAGCUCUUACUAAAAUUGAAAUUAUAUGAGAAGGCAGAGAAAGUUCUUCAGCAUUCUCUAGCUCAUGAACCUGUAAAUGAAUUGUCAGCUCUCAUGGAGGAUGGGCGUUCCCAAGUCCUUCUAGCAAAGGUUUACUCUAAAAUGGAAAGACCUGGUGAUGCCAUCACUGCAUUACAGCAGGCUCGAGAACUCCAAGCUCGAGUACUAAAACGUGUUCAAAUGGAGCAGCCAGAUGCAGUUCCUUCACAGAAACACUUAGCAGCUGAAAUCUGUGCAGAGAUUGCAAAACACUCUGUUGCUCAGCGAGACUAUGAAAAAGCAAUUAAGUUUUAUAGAGAGGCUUUGGUUCAUUGUGAGAAAGAUAAUAAGAUAAUGUUGGAACUGGCACAGUUAUACCUGGCCCAAGAUGACAUCGAAGCCUCCCUGCAGCACUGUGCACUGCUCCUGCAGAAUGACCAGGAUAAUGAACCUGCCACCUUGAUGAUGGCUGACCUCAUGUUCAGAAAACAGGACUAUGAGCAAGCAGUGUUCCAUUUACAGCAGCUUUUGGAACGCAAGCCAGAUAAUUUUGUGACUUUGUCUCGUUUGAUUGAUCUCCUGAGACGAUGUGGAAAACUUGAGGAAGUUCCACGAUUUUUCUCAAUGGCUGAGAAAUACAGCUCCAGAACAAAGUUGGACCCAGGAUUUCAGUACUGUAAAGGACUACAUUUUUGGUAUACCGGAGAACCAAAUGAUGCCCUUCGACAUUUUAAUAAAGCUCGGAAAGAUAGCGAUUGGGGCCAGAAUGCCCUUUAUAAUAUGAUAGAAAUCUGUCUGAAUCCAGAUAAUGAAACUAUUGGGGGUGAAGUGUUUGAAAACCUGGAUGGAGACCUUGGCAGUUCAAGUGAAAAGCAGGAGUCUGUGCAGCUAGCAGUGAGAACAGCAGAAAAACUCCUGAAAGAACUGAAACCUCAGACCAUUCAGGGUCACGUACAACUUCGCAUAAUGGAAAACUGCUGCCUAAUGGCCACCAAACAGAAAUCUAGUGUGGAGCAAGCACUCAGUACCUUCACCGAAAUAGCAGCCUCUGAGAAGGAUCAUAUCCCAGCACUCUUAGGAAUGGCAACAGCGUAUAUGAUCCUCAGACAGACGCCAAAAGCUAGAAACCAGCUGAAGCGAAUUGCAAAAAUGACUUGGAAUCCUGUUGAUGCUGAGGAUCUUGAGAAGAGCUGGCUGCUGCUCGCCGAUAUCUAUAUUCAGUCAGCAAAAUACGACGUGGCAGAAGAACUGCUAAAACGGUGCCUGUGUCACAAUAAGUCUUGCUGCAAAGCAUAUGAGUACAUGGGCUAUAUUAUGGAGAAGGAGCAAGCAUAUACAGAUGCAGCCUUCAACUAUGAGAUGGCAUGGAAACAUGGCAACCAGGCAAAUCCAGCUGUAGGAUACAAAUUGGCAUUUAAUUACUUAAAAGCAAAGCGAUAUGUGGAUGCAAUUGAUAUAUGUCACCAGGUUCUUAAAGCACAUCCAACAUAUCCAAAAAUCAGAAAGGAUAUACUGGAUAAGGCCCGGUCAUCCUUAAGACCUUGAGAAUAAUUCAUUGAUGACAGAGAUCUGACAGUCCUUCCAGUUCACACAAGUUAGAGCUAACAAUGUCUAGCUUCCCUUCUCCAGCAGAGGCUGCUGCUCUACACGGAGAAGUGCUGUGGUGUCAGCUCUGCAAUGGAGUGAGAGCUGAUCUCCCUUCUCUCUGAAAUAGGUGUAGAUGUGACAGUUCUGUGAUGGUAAAGACCAGCUCAUUUCUAUAAAGAAUAUUCUUGUUAAAAGCUAAGUAAUGUAUCUUUUCUAAGGAAUAUUAGUUUUUUAUCAGUUGUAUUUAGAGUCUGUUGUUAUCUAUUAAUUUUUAUUAGUCCCUCAUAGAUGCUCGUGUAAUUUUUGAAAAAAGAUAUGUAUUUUAAAUGUAUAUUUUAAUAAAGAUAUUAUGAAUACCUUGUUUAAAUUCUUUUUAAAACUCAAAACACAUUAAUCCCAUAACAUUAAGUUUUAGGGGUUUUCUGUGUUUGUUUGUUUAUUUGUUUGUAGCAAGAUUUCACCAUUGAGGCUGGUUAGAUCACAGAGAUCUAGCCUCCUGCCUCUGCCUAGUGGGUGCUAGGAUUAAAGAUGGGAGCCACCACAACCAGCGAAGAUAUGCUGAGUUUUGCAAAAUAAAGGUACAUUCCCCUUUUAGUCUGCAGUGCUAAAUGAUAAUAUUGAAGGAAGUGAAUUUAUUAGAAAAAUUUUUCUUGGAAAAGUAUAAACUAUGUUUCACUUCCCUUUGUUGUGUUCUGCCUCCUAUUCUCAAGCUUCUCUAAAAUCAGUUUAAAUAUGCAACCCUUUUUCCAUCAAUAUUUAACCUGAAUUCAGAUGACUGGGUCAUGUGUAAUUUCAGACACUGUAUAAUCUGGUAAGGAAGGUAAAGGAGAUGCUUUGGGAUAGCAGAGAUUCACAAAACACAGACUGCAAAAGCAGCUGCUAGCCUACCAAGCAGCAUUCUGCAUUCUGGGAUAACCUUCCCCAGCUUUUAUACCAAA